CGCUGCCGUACGCUGAGAGCGGGCGGAGGCCGCAGGAGCACUGUAACAUGGCGGCGUCUGGCAGUGGUGGCAGCCGGGUGGAUAACGGCUACAGCAGCCAGCAGCCGCGGCGGAGGAAGGGUCCGGGUGCCCUGGCCACGGCCUACCUCGUUAUCUACAACGUGGUGAUGACGGCGGGAUGGCUUGUUAUUGCAGUUGGUCUAGUUCGAGCAUACCUGGCUAAGGGUAGCUACCAUAGCCUUUACUAUUCAAUAGAAAAGCCCCUGAAAUUCUUCCAAACUGGAGCUUUGCUUGAGAUUCUGCACUGUGCGUUUGGCAUUGUUCCCUCUUCUGUUGUUCUGACUGCUUUCCAAGUGAUGUCAAGAGUUUUCCUGACGUGGGCAGUAACACAUAGUGUGAAAGAGGUACAAACUGAAGAUAGUGUCCUGUUGUUUGUAGUGGCCUGGACAAUCACUGAGAUAAUCCGUUACUCUUUUUAUACGUUUAGCUUAUUAAACCAUCUCCCUUAUCUCAUCAAAUGGGCCAGGUACACUUUGUUUAUCGUAUUGUAUCCAAUGGGAGUCUCAGGCGAGUUACUCACAAUAUAUGCUGCAUUACCCUUCGUCAGGCAGUCUGGCUUGUAUUCCAUUAGUUUACCUAACAAGUACAAUUUUUCUUUUGACUACUAUACAUUCCUGAUCCUGGUUAUGAUCUCCUACAUUCCAAUCUUUCCUCAGCUGUAUUUUCAUAUGCUACAUCAGAGGCGAAAGGUACUCUCUCAUGCUGAAGAACACAAGAAGUCGGAGUAAUUUCAAGUCUUUUUCAGAACUUUUCAAACAUCAAAAUGCUGCAGAUUUUCAAUACCCAGCACAUUUAUAAAGAAUAUACCAAGAUAAUAUAAGUCAGAGGUAAAAGACCAAUAAUUUAACAAGAAUAACCAAUAAAUCUGAUUUCACUGAAAUUCCACAAUGUAAAACAUUUAAAUAAUUUUCAGCUUGCAGUGCUUCAGAAAACUUUUAAACUUUGUGGCUUGGCAAUUAGCCUUUUCCUUUUUUUUUUUAAAUGAUCUGCUAAAGGGUUUCAUUUAUUACUAAAUGCCUGAAGGUUGCAGUAUGAGUGAUGAAGUUAUACCCACUAAAUGCUUGAAUUGGGAUUAUAUUACUGAUACCUCUUUUUCUUUAAGUGCUUGACUGCAUGCCAGAAACUGUACGUAUUGCUGUGAAAGCAAACAAUAUGCUCUGGAAUACUUUAUGAUUUCUGUCAGAGACUCCAGUGAAGAAUGUAAUCUGGGCAAAGUGUCUGAAUUAAAGGUAGGUUGUGUAUUUAAAGGGUGAUGGGAACAAGAACAGGAAAACAUUUACGGGAAAUGAGGGGAAUGUGGUUCUUUAGGAAUUUAAACAGUAGGGUAUCUGACCAGAGUGUGUUCUCUGAAGAUCUCAUUUAAGUUGAUUACUUAAAUGCUAAUGUUAAUUCAGAGGUUGUAAUGCUUAUCUGAAACAUUAAAACUCCUCUAAGUGCUGCA